GAGUCUCAGAGAGGAACCCAGGCGCCUGCUGCUGCUCAGCACACUGCUCUCCAAACACUUCUGCAGCUCUCCAAACACUUCUGCAGCUCUCCAACACUGCACAAUGUCUUUACAAAACCUGGGUGAGGAAUAUACUGUUAAGUGAUCGAUUUUUUUUGCCUAAACGAAACAAAAACAAACAAACAACCGAUGGAACCAAUAACAAAGUGGACUCCGGCUCAGGUUGUCGCUUGGAUGAGAGGACUGGAUGACAGUCUCCAGCAGUACAUCCCAAACUUUGAAAAAGAGAAGAUUGAUGGCCACCAGCUGUUGAAGAUCUCCGACCAGGAUUUAGAGGAGCUACUCGUUAGCCGCGUUGGCCACCAGGAGCUUGUUCUUGAAGCUGUGGAUCUUCUCUGUGCUCUGAACUAUGGCAUUGAGACUGAAAAUCUGAAGACUCUAGUUGGUCGGAUGAGAGCAGCUUCUAAUAAUCUGCACAACUGUGCUUCAGAAAGGAGGAAAAGUCCAUCGCAUGACAGCAGACAAAACAAACCACCCAAUGAGUUUCUGACAGCAGUGGUGGAGCUGAUAGGAGCAGCCAAGGGCAUGCUGGCCUGGCUGGACAGGACGCCUUUGACAGGCAUCAGUGACUUCACCACCAUCAAGAACAGAAUCAUCCAGCUGUGUUUAGAGCUCACCACCACUGUACAAAAGGACUGUGCUGUGUAUGAAAUGGAGGAGAAGAUACUGGAAGUGGCACAAGUUUUAACUGGAGUCUGCGAUGCCACUAGGAGGACGACCUUCGACCCCUUGAAGAGCCGUAGUACGUGUCUGGAGGAGGUCUACAUCACUGACGUCAAACCAGAAGAAGGGCUAGGCAUGUACAUCAAGUCCACGUACGAUGGCCUGCAUGUGAUCACUGGAACCACAGAAAAUUCUCCAGCAGACAGAACUCAACGCAUCCAUUCUGGCGACGAGGUGGUGCAGGUCAACCAGCAGACAGUGGUGGGCUGGCAUCUGAAGAACCUUGUGUCUAAAAUGAAGGAGAAUCCACACAGUGUGGUGCUCACGCUGAAGAAGAGGCCUUCAGAAACAGGCAACUUUACUCCUGCUCCACUAAAGAACCUGCGCUGGAGGCCUCCGGCUGUGCAGAGUGCUCCUUCUGGUCAUGCUGCUCGCUCAUCCAUAGUAGAAAGUUCUACUCAAAAAGAGAAGCCAGCCAUUUUGGAUCUGUACCUACCCCCACCUCCAGCUGUGCCCUACUCACCCCGUGACGUGAAGAACGGCGCAUAUCCGCAGGUCAAAAUGAGGCACAAAGCUCCUGAAUCCCCAAAUUCAUCUCUGGACCGAGCUGCUAAACGCUGUUCUAAUGUAAUAGACUACGUCAGCAAACCCAGCGUCAGCAUCUGUCCUCCAGAAAUCGCCAUCCCACAGACUCGACUCCGCCAGCGUGCGCCCUCCAGAGGAAAGCCGCGUCCUGUCUCUAUGCCUGUAGACUCGUGCGUGGGCCUGUCUGAUACCCCCUGGGCUUUUGGAAAGAAAGGUGAAAGCAUGUUGAAGAUGUACACGAGUAAUGAGCGAAUUCCUCCGAUCGCUGAAGAAGCCCCGUGUUUCCCCGUACCCUACCGGCCCACCAGUGAGAAGCAGCUCCUACGUGGAGUCGACCACAUUCGCGGCAGUCAGUGCUUUAUCAACGCAGAGCUGCACAGUAGCGCCACCGUUCUGUACCAAGACACCACACGCCGUAAGAGUCGGACCGCUCGCUCCUCCAAGAGGUCCUCGGAGCCUUCAGCUCUCAGUGCCUGGUUCGCUCGGCUGAAACUCUUCUCACACUGAUAAACGCUGUGCAGUGGACCGUGUCUCUACUGUGUCUCAUUAUUUCAUCCCUCUACACUCAGUAUUAUAAUUUCAUAAUGAUGGAAUGGUAUUUUUUUUUUAUAUUUAUGGUUGACUGUUAAAGAAAUGAUGUGUGUGUGUUGGGGGCAUUUAGAUAAUGUAUUUACAAGGUUUAUUCAUCCUUAGUACUCUGCCUGGUCAGGAUUGGGAUGGUUUAAACUCGGCUAUAGACCUAGAACCAACUUAAUUUGUUAGUAGAUUUUGUGGGCAGGAAGAAGCAAAAAAACAACAGAAAAAUAAUGUCCAAUGCAUAGCUAAUGUAAAUUGCUUGUCACACCCUUAGAGCUAUUUAUAUAUCGUAUAUAUAUAUAUAUAUAUAUAUAUAUAUAUAUAUAUAUAUAUAUAUAUAUAUAUAUAUA